ACUCAAACCUGUCUAGCUCACUAGCUAGCUACGAUACACAUCUGCCAACUAGCCCACUGCUACUUUUCAGUCCGCAAUUAUAGCGCUAAAUGAAAAUGCACCUAAAAUAUGGAGUGUAUUUUUUCUACAUUUAGGUAUACAUCCUCUUAUCCGGACGAAAUAAGAAAAUAAAGUGAAUCUCGACAUGCCACUGGGAAAGGACAACAGCACUGUAAAUUGAUAAACAGACAACUGCUGGUUAGAGAGCUAGCUAAAUUGCAAUUCGUACCAAGUACUAGCUAGUCUAGUGUCACCGCUAGCAACAAAGUUACUGUAGUUUAGUGUGGCACAAAGCUUGUUGCCUGUAUAUUAUUGGACAAACAGCUAAGGCGGUAGACUCAGUUUCUGAGUAAAUAGCAAGGCGUAAUACUACUAGCUAGAGUAGCUCAUUUACCGCGUUCCCUGGCCUAACUAACGUUACGGAUUUAGAUAUAUCAAUUCAGGCCAAAACGCAGUAUUGUCGGAUAGCACAGAUUGAUGUUAUUAGUUUGCUAUCCAACGAUGUUAGAUGGUAUAGCUAACAGCUACAAUGCAUUCUAAAGUCGGUAGACUAGCUAACUUUAACGUUACAGCUCGUUUGACAGGUAACGCGUUAGCAUCAGCAGAUUGUUGUAAUAAUAGGACGUAAAAUCCACCGAUUGCUACAUACAUUGUUUUAUUAGCAGAACUACUAACGCUAAAGGAUAGCUAGACACUGUCAUAGUCUUGCAGACCAUUAACUCGCUGACUCCAGUCUUUCGAUUUAUGAUUUUGGUGGAUUUUUAUUGGUCGCCAGCCCCCGGACACCGGAGUGAAAAGCAAAAGAUUAACAUCAACAGGAUGUCAAAGGGAUUACAUUAAGAAACAAUACAGCAAAACAAUGUUUACAAUCAUUGUUAUAACUCAAUACCGCUUUCCGUCAAACUAAUACAGAUCAACCGAUACUUUUUUGUCUUACUUGAGAGCUGUCCACACAUCGGUUAAUUUAGCAUCCACUAGUUGUUUAUUUGAGUGUAAACAACGAUUUGGACAUAAUGUCUGGAGACUGCUCGGACAGUAGUAGUAGCAGCGAGGACUCCGACACGGGGACGCGGAGGAAAGCCUGCACUGUCAAACAUGAAAUUACGAAUGCAAACCUAACUGGCCACACGGAGAGAGUGGGAAUGGAGAACUUCGAGCUUCUCAAGGUGUUGGGCACAGGAGCCUAUGGGAAGGUGUUUCUGGUGAGGAAGAAUAGCGGACAUGACGAAGGGAAGCUGUACGCCAUGAAGGUUCUGAAGAAAGCCGCCAUCGUGCAGAAGGCGAAGACAGCCGAGCACACCCGCACUGAGCGGCAAGUGCUGGAGCACAUCCGCGAGUCGCCCUUCCUGGUCACCCUGCACUACGCCUUCCAGACCCAGACCAAGCUCCACCUUAUCCUAGACUACGUGAGUGGAGGGGAGAUGUUCACACACCUGUACCAGCGGGAUCACUUCUCCGAGAGCGAGGUCCGGAUCUACAUCGGAGAGAUCAUCCUGGCCCUGGAGCAUCUGCACAAGCUGGGGAUCGUGUACCGGGACAUCAAACUAGAGAACAUCCUUCUGGACAGCGAUGGACAUGUGGUGCUGACUGAUUUUGGACUCAGCAAAGAGUUUCUGGAAGAGGAGAAGGAGAGGACGUACUCCUUCUGUGGCACCAUAGAGUACAUGGCUCCAGAGAUCAUCAGGGGCAAGUCUGGACAUGGCAAGUCUGUUGAUUGGUGGAGCCUGGGGAUCCUGAUGUUUGAACUCCUGACGGGUGCGUCUCCGUUCACCCUGGAGGGAGAGAGGAACUCCCAGAGCGAGGUGUCCAAGCGUAUCCUGCGCUGCGAGCCUCCGUUCCCCUCCAUGAUCGGGCCCCUGGCUCAGGACCUGCUGAGGAAGCUGCUGGUCAAGGACCCCCACAAGAGGCUGGGCUCUGGGCCCCGCGGGGCAGAGGACAUCAAGGGGCAUCCCUUCUUCAAGGGUCUGAGCUGGUCGGACCUGGCGGAGAGGAAGCUGGCCAGCCCCUUCAAGCCUGAGCUGAGGAGCGAGCUGGACACUGGGAACUUUGCUGAGGAGUUCACCGGCAUGGACCCUGUCUACUCCCCCGCCAGCACCCCUCCCAGCACCGACCGCCUCUUCCAGGGUUACUCGUUUGUGGCUCCCUCCAUCCUGUUCAACAAGAACGUGGUGAUGGGGGACUUCAUGGAGGCCCAGGUGGGGGCUGAGCGCCCCGGCUCGGCCAACGUCCGCCGCAGUGCCAUGCUAGAGGACUCCCAGUUCUUCCUGCAGUACGAGCUCUGCCUCCAGGGGGCGCCGCUGGGGGAGGGCAGCUUCUCCGUCUGCAGGAAGUGUCGACACCGCCCGAGCGGCCAGGAAUACGCCGUCAAGAUCAUCAGUCGAAGAAUGGAGGUGAACACUCAGAGGGAGAUAGCAGCCCUGAGACAGUGUGAGGCUCACCCCAACAUCGUCAAACUGCAUGAGGUCUACACAGACCAGUACCACACCUACCUGGUGAUGGAGCUGCUGGGGGGGGGGGAGCUGCUGGAGAGGAUCAAGAGGAAGAAGCUGUUUGGGGAGGCUGAGGCCAGCCAGCUGCUGAAGAGCCUGGUGUCUGCGGUCAGCUUCAUGCACGAGGCCGGGGUGGUCCACAGGGACCUCAAACCAGAGAACGUGCUGUUUGCUGACGAGGGCGAAGACUCGGUUCUGAAGGUGAUCGAUUUUGGGUUUGCCCGCCUGUGCCCGGCGGGCAGUGCCCCCCUGCAGACCCCGUGCUUCACGCUGCAGUACGCAGCCCCCGAGCUGUUCCACAGCUCCGGCUACGACCAGGCGUGUGACCUCUGGAGCCUGGGGGUCAUCCUGUACACCAUGCUGUCAGGCCAGGUGCCCUUCCAGAGUGAGCAGAGGGGGGUGACAUCAUCGUAUGCUGCUGACAUCAUGCAUAAGAUUAAGGAGGGGGACUUCUCAUUGGCCGGCGAGGCCUGGAAGGGGGUGUCGGAGGAGGCGAAGGAGCUGGUGAAAGGCCUGCUGACGGUGGACCCAGAGAGGCGUCUCAAGCUGUCUGACCUGAGGGAGAACAGCUGGCUGCAGGGGGAGGUCAUCACAUCCUCCACUCCCCUGUGCACCCCUGACGUCCUGGAGUCCAGCGGGCCCACCGUCCGCACCUACGUCAACGCCACCUACAAGGCUUUCAACCGGGGGAAGAGGGAGGGCUUCUUUCUGAAGAGCGUCGACAACGCCCCGCUCGCCAAACGACGCAAGCUCAAAAUGACGAGCACAGGUGUGGAGACCAGACGGAGCUCCUCUUCAUCCUCCUCCUCUUCCUCCUCCUCGUCCGCCUCGGCAACCAGCCUCAAAGCACCGCCGCACCAAACUGUUACCCCGAAACAGAGCUAGCCUUGGGAGGAGGAGGAAGAGGAGGAGGAAGGGGGGAGAUAGUGGGAGGAGAGAUACAAGCUUAUUCAGUCCGCCAAGAGUUUUCUAGUGUCCAAAGUGAAGCAGUCUCAAAAUGACGGGAACUUCCGAAAGAACAAAUUUAGAGUCGUCUAUUUAAGUGAGACCUUUAAGGGCAUUGAUGGGUUUACAGCGCUGUUAUAAAAAACAAUGCUAUUAGUGUUUUCACCUUAACGCAGCUUGUUUGUAUUUACCAUCUGCUGUGCUUUUGCACUUGGAGGCAGAAGCAUCUUGUCAUUUAACGAACCUGAAUUUCAGAGCAGAGUGUUCGUAGAGGAUAUGGAUCAAUGUUAUGGGAGUCCACAUAGUACUGUACAUAUGGUGUAAUCACUUUACCAGACCGAUGCAGUAGGAGUGAGAUCCUGACUGCUUGUUUGGUCUCAGAAUGGCGGGUGUGGGUGGG